UCGGAUGUGACAAGAGGAUCUACUUUUAAUUAAGGUGCACAAACCAUAUUGAUCGUUUUCGCUAAUAUCUUAUUAAAACGAUUACAUAAAGUUUAGGAUAACAUGCUUUAUUUGAAUACUCUCUUGACCUUAUUUUGCAAUAGCUCCCAAGUUUAAAAGACUUUGUUCCUUAGCAUAAGAAAUUUAAUUUCAAACCCCAGAUCCUCUUUGUUAACUGAUGAAUAAAUUUUCCAAGUCAAAUAAAUCUGAAACCUAUUUUUCAAACGUGGAAUGGAUUUUCUCUUCGAUAUUAAAACAAUUUCUUCUUUGAUUUUAUUUCAAAGUGAAGACAUUGUAAUAACGCAAUCACCAUGAUUUAUAAUGUUGCCUAACACAAAAAUCCUAACGUUGGAAAGCUGAGGCCUCCUGACGGCAAUGAAGAUGAAACUUGGGUUCGUUUUGUGCCAAUUGCUUCUGUUUAUAGAAGGAACGUCGUCAAACUGGGAAGACUGGUGGACAUACGACGGUAUAUCUGGCCCUAGCUUCUGGGGUUUAUUGAAUCCAGAGUGGAGUCUAUGUAACAAAGGUCGUCACCAGUCUCCUAUUGAUAUCGAUCCUACAGUAUUGCUGUUUGAUCCCUAUCUACGUUUAAUCCAAGUUGACAAACUGAGAAUAAGUGGAACGAUAAAAAACACUGGACACAGUAUCAUUUUCGAGGCUGACACAACGCCAUCCGUGGCCAAAAUAAACAUUACAGGUGGUCCUCUGUCAUAUAAGUACCGUUUCCAGGAGAUACACAUUCAUUAUGGAAAAGUGAACAGCAGAGGUUCUGAGCACUCCAUUAGUGGAUACGCUUUUCCUGCUGAGUUACAAAUGAUUGGAUACAACUCUGACCUAUACCCCAAUAUGACUGAAGCUGUACGAUUACACAAGAACCAAGGACUAGUAGGCGUGUCUGUCAUGCUACAGUCUGGUGAUCUUUCUAAUGCGGAACUUCGAAUUCUAACCAAUCAACUGGAUAAAAUACGUUAUCGAGGGCAGAAAGCACACAUUGGCCACCUGUCCGUCCGCGAGCUUCUUCCCGAAACUGAUUUUUACAUUACUUAUGAAGGCUCAACAACACUUCCCGGAUGCUACGAGACCAUAACAUGGAUUAUCAUGAACAAACCGAUAUACAUCACCAAACAACAGUUGUAUGCCCUUAGAAAACUAAAGCAAGGGGAUGAAAAAAAAACGAAAGCUCCCUUGGCUGACAAUUAUCGCCCAGCUCAGCCACUCAACCAUCGAGUGUUGAGAACAAAUAUUGACUUCAGGAGGAAACAAGGCAAAAGCUGUCCAACAAUGUACCAGGAUCACUUCUAUGAGGCUAACUCACCUUUGUGGAACACAGGCUCUUGAUUUUAUAGCUUCAAAAACUGUUUGUGUAAGGAAUGAUGUGUUUGAAACGGAAGACAUGAACCACAUAAUUUAUUUUUGACUUUGUGAAACUAUAAAUCUCCAAUUCUAAUCAGGCUCAAGGCAACGGAUUUGUCUUCUUUCUUGCUGUUCCUGAUUGUAAAGCUCAACGUCCAAUAAUCUCUACACAAGCUCGAACUUUCUCGGUCAUUUAUAGUGGAUAAAUCUUUAUGAUCAAAUUUGUCUCCCAUAUUGUAAUCAUCUUUACCUUAGUCACGCUUGUAACUCAGAGAUCGUUUUUCGCCUGUGAAAACUUGGAAUCUUAAAAUGGUAAUAAGACUUAAGCCUCAUUAGAAGACGAAGACGAUAGUUUCACAAGAAGUAAUUUAGUAGAAUGUUGCAGAUUCUCGUUGUUUUGAGUGUGUUCGUCUCUGUGUUGUUUCGAAAUGAAAAUAUCUACGUUGUUCGGAUGAAUUUUAAGUCAAAUCUUACAUAAACAGUGAAAUCGCAAGGUGUUUUCCCGUGUAUCAUCCAGUUAACUGCUUUAAAUAUUUCACAUUGUAAUUCAGGCUGCUUUAGUGGCAGACAGUUACGAAGACAUGAAGAAACAGUUCGUUUCAACGUAUAGUGUGAACAGUGAACGUUUGUUUGAUGUUUUAACGAAUAACACAAUAUCAUAUAGUUUUGUUGAAAAUAGAAGACUCACUUCUGACUUCAUGACACAAUGGGUUAUUAAAGAACUUUAACGAGAGAAUAUUAUUCCAGUGGACGACGCUGUCUGAACUACGUCCAUUAUUGAAAUAAAAGCAAAUAAGAUCAAUGUUGAACACUAAAACUGUAAUCAGUUAUUUUGCUUGAAAAUAUAAUAGUUUAUUACGUCACAUUACGAUUGUAAAAGAUCCUAAUCGCAAAAUCUCAAGCAACGUCAAAGCACCUUCUUGAUAUUCCUCAUCGGUUAACCAGCAAU